AUGCGCCUGUUGCCGAGACUGCUGGUGUCUGUGGUGUUCGUGCUUCUUCCGCUCGCACCAGAGGAGCAAUUGAGUCCCACCGCCCUUGUCUCGAUUGGGGCUGGAAUGCUCGUGUGUGUGGUUGCGUGGGAGCUCGUCGGUGGCUUGGAGAAGUGUGCCGCUCUUUUUGAAAGCUGGAACCUGACAGCAGACGACAGUUCGGAGGAGGACGUCGUGGCUUUGCGACGGGAUGUGCAGGAGGACGGGGCGUCUCCAGGGCCGGACGUCCAGGUCCCGUAG